ACGGCACGGGAGGUGGGACCCGGAAGGUCUGUCACUGCCGGACACAUGCUUUUGAAUCUGCGUUUAUAGAAAGGCGACAGUGAGACUUUAAGGGGCGUUAGCGAAGCACCUACAAGUCGCGAAGCGGUCGCCCUGUCCCUGGAGUUCAAAAUGCUUUACCUGAUCGGCUUGGGCCUGGGAGAUGCCAAAGACAUCACUGUCAAGGGCCUGGAAGUUGUGAGACGCUGCAGCCGCGUCUAUCUGGAAGCCUACACCUCAGUCCUGACUGUAGGGAAGGACGCCCUGGAAGAGUUUUAUGGAAGAAAAUUGAUUCUUGCUGACAGAGAAGAAGUGGAACAAGAAGCAGAUAAUAUUUUGAAGGAUGCUGAUGUCGGCGACGUUGCAUUCCUUGUGGUGGGUGAUCCGUUUGGGGCUACAACACACAGCGAUCUUAUUCUGAGAGCCACAAAGUUGGGAAUCCCUUACCGGGUUAUCCACAAUGCAUCCAUAAUGAAUGCUGUAGGCUGCUGUGGCUUACAGUUGUACAAGUUUGGAGAAACAGUUUCUGUUGUUUUUUGGACGGACACUUGGAGACCAGAAAGCUUCUUUGACAAAGUGAAGAAGAACAGACAAAACGGCAUGCACACGCUGUGUUUACUUGAUAUCAAAGUGAAGGAGCAGUCUCUGGAGAAUCUCAUCAGGGGAAGAAAGAUCUAUGAACCUCCUCGAUACAUGAGUGUGAACCAGGCAGCCCAGCAGCUUCUAGAAAUUGUUCACAAUCAGAGAGCACGCGGGGAAGAACCAGCGAUCACUGAGGAGACACUCUGUGUUGGCUUAGCCAGAGUUGGCGCUGAAGACCAGAAAAUUGCAGCAGGCACUUUACAGCAAAUGUGCACAGUGGACUUGGGAGAACCAUUGCAUUCUUUGGUCAUCACGGGAGGCACCCUGCACCCACUGGAGAUGGAAAUGCUAAAUCUUUUCUCCAUACCGGAAUCCCAAAGUAUCAAUGGUCUCUGAACAUGGACAUUUCUGUUGUCUCACAUUAAUUUCAGUUAGAUUGUAUAUGUGAUAUGGAUAUGACAAUGGCAUGGUCUGUUUUUUAUCUGGAAAGUGUAACAGAAGUGACCAAGAGGAAGCAAGUUGAGCCAACAGCGUUUGGUUCCCUGCAGUUUUCCCCUAUUUCAUCACCAUGCUGUUGCAGUACCCGUUGGCUCCUUGUCAGGGGCAGACCAAGCUGGGGAAGAAUGGCUGGACAUCUGAAGAUGACCUCAAAGAGUAGCUUUGAGGAAACUGGAAUCUGAAUCACAUAAACCCUAUUUUUAAGGGAUAAAGAAGCACAGAGUAGCAAGUAAAGCAAAUAAAAGAUUGCCAACUGUU